AUGUACUGCCUGCCGGCACCCCUCUGCCUCCUGAGCCUGCUGUCGCUACCUCUCAGUCCUGCGGCCCCCAUCUCCCCAUCAGAGCCCAUCAGUCAAGCCUAUAGCCUGGCCCUCUACAUGCAGAAGAACACAUCAACACUGCUGCAGACCUACCUCCAUUACCAGGGCAGCCCCUUCAGUGACCCUGGCUUUUCAGCCCCUGAGCUCCAGCUCAGCAGCCUGCCUCCUGCUGCAGUCUCCUUCAAGACCUGGCACUCGAUGGAUGACGCCGAGCGGCUAAGCCGAGCCCAGGGAGCCUUCCUGGCCUUGACCCAGCACCUCCAGCUGGUGGGGGACGACCAGAGCGAUCUCAAUCCCGGCAGCCCCAUCCUGCUGGCCCAGCUGGGCGCGGCAAGACUCAGGGCCCAAGGCCUUUUGGGCAACAUGGCUGCCAUCAUGACUGCGCUGGGACUGUCCAUCCCCCCAGAAGAGGAUACUCUGGGAAUUGUCCCUUUUGGGGCCUCAGCCUUUGAGAGGAAAUGCCGGGGCUACAUAGUGACCCGGGAAUACGGUCACUGGACGGACAGGGCUGUGAGGGACUUGGCUCUGCUCAAGGCCAAGUACCCGGCGUAG